AUACUUUCUGUCAAUCCGAGUCAUGGAUCAUCGUCGACUCUGUCCACCAUCAACGCGCACACUGCUCUCAUCCUGGUCCUGGCCCCGGGCACGCAUCCUCCAUGGCGCGAGCGCCGUGAACCGCGGGCGAGAUCAUCCUCCAUCGUCCAUCGUCCGCGCGCUACGCCCGAUCCGCGCCAGACUACGACGCCCCCAGCUCCCUGGUCACCCCCACCCCGUCCCAUCCAUUUGCGCGCGCAAUCGAUUGCGAGUGCGAGUGCGAGUGCGAUGGCAACCGCCCGCGCGCAAUCCUUGGGUGGGUGCCCCCGCAAUGAUUCCCUCCUCUUUCCCUUUUUUCCUGGAUUCGGGCAUCCACACGACGCCGCCACGAAUUCAAGUUGCGAGCCGCGGAUCAUUGCUCGAUACGGAUUCACUGCCGCGGGAUCGAUCGAUCAAUGGCGGCCCGGGUCGAUGCGGCGGGGCCAGGCGGGCGCGGGUCUAUCAUGCACGCCAGGUGAUCGACGGUAUGCGCGCAGGCACAGUUAAUCACUUGAAAUGGAAGGAUUGGCUACUGAAGGAAUGCGGCGUGGCCAGUUUCGCAAGUUAACUUAUCGUUCACAUGUCACCGUUCCCUGUUAAUGGGCUUGUGAGCUGGAAGAGUCUUUGUCCACUGUCAUACUAUCUGUCCUUUUCUUAUCGCCUAAACAGCUUAUUGACUAAACACAAGUACGUGUCUGAUCUUCAUAGGCAUACUUCAUGAAAGUUUGAUUAAGCGCA